UAAUUUAUAUUUCACCUCCUUCCUGAAACUUCACUCCUAGUGCCUUCCGAGGAGCAUCCAUACUUGUCGCCGCCGUUCGCCCAUCGGCUGCUGUCGUCCCAGUUGGAUCAGGAAUCUUAGAACUUCUCUUUGCGGAGAAGCUCUCGAUUCGUCAAGAUGGGUAUUUCUCGUGAUUCUAUGCACAAGAGGCGUGCCACUGGAGGCAAGAAGAAGGCUUGGAGGAAGAAGCGAAAGUAUGAGCUUGGAAGGCAACCUGCCAACACUAAGAUAUCCAGUGACAAGUCGAUCCGGAGGAUUAGAGUUCGUGGGGGUAAUGUGAAGUGGCGUGCUUUUAGGCUUGAUACUGGUAAUUACUCAUGGGGCAGUGAGGCCGUGACUAGGAAGACCCGUAUUCUUGAUGUGGUGUACAAUGCAUCAAACAAUGAGCUUGUUCGUACUCAAACUUUGGUGAAGAGUGCCAUUGUUCAGGUUGAUGCUGCACCAUUUAAGCAAUGGUAUCUUCAACACUACGGUGUGGAUAUUGGAAGGAAGAAGAAGACCUCAGCACCUGCCAAGAAGGAAGAGGAAGGUGAGGCUGCUGCUGCUGCGGAGGAGUUGAAGAAGAGUAACCAUGUUCAGCGCAAGUUGGAGAAACGUCAACAGGAUCGUAAGCUCGACCCACAUAUCGAGGAGCAAUUUAGCAGUGGUCGUUUGAUGGCUUGUAUCUCAUCAAGACCAGGUCAAUGUGGCCGAGCAGAUGGGUAUAUCUUGGAGGGGAAAGAACUCGAGUUCUACAUGAAGAAGCUCCAGAGAAAGAAGGGAAAGGGUGCCGGUGCUGCAUAAGUUUGGUCGUUAAGAUAUGUUGUGGCCGUGUUUCAUUUUCUAUGAUUCUAUCUGCCUUUUUUGUCUUCUGAAGAUGAUGAAUUUGCAGCUAAGAGGAUAGAAUUAUUUAUGAACUUCAAUUUUGCUGGUAUUAGUUGUUUAAUUACAAUAUUUUAUUUGAAUCUGUUUCGUGAUUAUAACAGUUCGCCGUUUAUUAGCCUCAGAAUUUUCAAAUGCCCCAACCUAUUUCUUUGC